CGUCACACGGUGAAUGUCAGAUGGAGCAGCUGCAAAAUGCUUGCACGCACACACAGAUAAAAAGUGUAUUUUAAGUGCCAAGUGCUGCACUGUGAGUGUGGAAAAGUGCGGGAAAUUAUUGCAACGAGAAUGUCAAAAAAAGUUUUAAGACAAAAUUUAAGAAAGCCUGCAAUUGCUAAUAGCAAAGAGCAAUGAAGACUCUCAGCGGCAUAAAAACUCUAUAUAAGCAACAAAAUAUUGGUAGCAUGUUUUGUGAAUUUCGUAAAUCUCUCGUUUCGUUUUGGUUUUUUUCUUCUCUACCACAAAAAAGGGCGCGCGAGUGAGACGACAGUAGUUCGCAGCAAAGCAAGAACAUCAGCCAUCCCGCCUACUCGUAUGCGACUCACACGUCGCCGACUUUAAGUCUGCUCGCUCUCAAAUGUUUGACAUUUUUCACAUUCAGCAUUUUCCCUUUGUUCGUCGGCGGGUCUCGUCAUAUGGCUCGUGUAAACGCUCGUGCGUGCGUAACAAAUAAAAUUGAAAAAAAUAAACGCAAAAUAUCGGUGUUUUAAAUUUACAAAAAUAUUGCACAAGUGUAAAUAAACAUCUAUUAGAUGCGCAUGCAGUGACAAGUGCUUAAAUUCAUUGAGAAAUAUGCGUAAAAAGCGUUAUUUCGUGAUUACUACGGCGACGACGACGACGACGACAUCAAAGCCAACAACAACGAGCUGCUGCGUUCAUUGACGUGACGCGCGAGUGUGAGUGUGUGUGUGUGUGUGUGUGUGUAUAUAUAUGAAUAUAUGUGUUUAUAUGCGCUAGUGUAUGCGGGUGUUGCGAGUUGUUUUCAAAUAAAUAAAAUACAUAACAAAAGUCAACAGCAACAAGAACAACAACAAUCAAAACACCACAUACCAAAUUGCGAGUGCUUAUGCCGCUGGCGCCCCAGCGUCAAACUGCGUACAUAUGUACAUAAAUGAAACCAAGUUAAACAUAUAUAUAUAUAUAUAUUUAUUUACAUCAAUUUAGCCCGCGUGUCUCGUUGCGCGCAAAUUCUAUGUGAAAAGAAAGUAUGGUCAACAGUCAAUGCAAUCUAUGCAGUAAAAUGUGUAUUUGUCUGUGUCUGUGUGUGUGCGUAUGUGUUUUUAGUGUAUAGAAUUGAAUAAGCAGCAGCAUAAGCAAAGAAAGUUAAAAGCAAUAGCAACAUCAAAGUACAAGAAGAAGAGGAAGAAGAAGAAGAAAACAACGAGCAGCAACACAAAUGAAGCAAUACAAUUUUCAGUUCAAUUUUAAACAUCAAUUGUCUGUCCCGAAGCAUUAAACAAGGCUCAAAAAUUUUUGCCAAUGAGUCGCAGACAGUCAUUGGAUCGACCAGGAAUAUUGUCUCCUCCGGGUCCGUUUCUGACGCCCAGUCCAUCGCCAUCGAUCUCAGCUAGUCCACGCCUGCAACCAUCACCAUCUCUAUCGCCAUUCCCACAGGAUGUGGUGCUCGUAGCCGGUGGCAACGCAAUAAACGCCAACAGCAAUCCACAGGAACACGAGCGCAAGGCGGCGACGCCUGGCAGGCGACAAUCCAUACAUCAGUUCACAAAUGGCAGUCCCAAUGCCGGCACCGUUGUCUUUCAACCGAGUCCCUCACAGUCACCGGCCGCUGCCACGACGGUCAUUGGCGUGACAGCUGGCGGUCUUAUAGCCGCCGCCGCUGCCAGUGGCCACAAUAAUGCAAUCGGCACUGAGCUGAACGCCACGCUUGUCGGCUCCAAUAAUAUACAACUGAACAAGAAGGGCAACAAGCGGACUGGACAGCAGCAGCAACAACAGCAUCAGCAACUACAGCAGCAGCAACUGCAGCAUCAGCAGCAGCAGCAGCAAAUCUUUAGCACCAGCGCAGCGGCGCCCACCUCAAUCUGCUCGACGGUAGCCGGCGGCUAUGGGCAACCGAAUGCAACGGCAAUCAGUACGCCCAUUUCGUUUGCGACAGCAAAUGUGGCUAGUGGCCCAAAAGGUCAAGCGAAAAAGGGCGCCACUUCGGUGCUAAGCCAACAGCACCAGCAGCAGCAGCAGCAGCAGCAGCAACAUCAACAACAGCAGCACGUGCAGUUCCAACAGUAUCAGAGCAGUAGUCCGCUGAUAGCGGAUAGUCCUAUUCCCAGCCCCAGCAACGCGAUUGCUGCUGCGGCUAUAAAACCGCCAACGCCGCAGCCUCAAACCGUACAGAUGCUUCCACAGCAAUUCACCAUCACCAGCGGGCCGCAGCAGCAGCAGGCGCCGCAGCAAGUGUUUCAGUUUAUUCAGGGCCCUCAGGGUCAAAUCAUAGCCACCACGCAGCAGGCGACGCUUCAGCAACAACAUCUUCAACAGCAGCAGCAACAGCAGCAGCAGCAACAACAACAGCAGCAACAACAACAACAACAGCAGCAGCAGCAUCAGCAACAGCAACAGCAGCAGCAACGUUAUACCAGCAAUGCAGGCAUUGCGUUGUCCACAUCGUCCACGAAGGCGAGCAAGGCGCCCCAACAGAUACUGCCUAAGCCGCAACAGGAACUGGGCUCUCAGCCAAUGCAACAGCUGUCGAAGAACAAGAAUAUCAGUAACAGCAACGCACAAUUGCCGCAGAUCACGCAGUCGACGCAGCCACAACAGGCACAGCUCAAUGCUGCAGCCAACAAUGCCAACAACCAGCAACAACAACAACAGCAGCAAAUUUUGCUGCCAGCGACAGCAGCACAACCACAACAAUUGCUGCUGAAUCAGAUGCCCGUGCUGGUGCAGCAGAAUCCGCAGGGUGUGCAGCUCAUAUUGCGUCCACCCACGCCACAGCUGACGACGCCCUCGCUGGUUAUACAGAAUUCGCGUGGACAGCCGCAACUGCAGCAGCCGGCACAACAGCAGCUGCUACGUAUUGUGGGCACCAAUGGAGCCACCAUGCAGUUAGCCGCCGCCACACCCACAUUUAUAGUGUCCUCGCAGGGCAACCUCAUUCAGCAGACGGCUGCCGCCGGUCAAUUCCAAAGCGCCAUAAAGACUGGCACGCAGCUAAGCGGUCUGCAUGCCGCGCUGGCGGCCCAGACGCCACGAUCUCAGCCGUUUACCACAACGGCCACCAUCAACACCCAGUUACUGGGUCAGAGUGUUGCGGCACAGCUGCAAAAUUUACAGCUAGCCGCUGCAGCGGCUGCCAAUGGCAAUGGCAUUGCCCAGAUACAAAUGCCGAAUGGUCUGGCGGCCAUUUCGCAGCUGCAACAGACGCUGGGUGGCGCCACCAUCAAUCUGAAUCAGUUGUCUGGCGCGCACUUGCAACAGAUUGCCAGCGCCUUUCAGACGCCGCAGCCACCUCAGCAGUCCACAACGUCGGGAGCGACCAGUGGCAACGGCAACAAUUCCGCAGAGCUGUUUGCUCAAUCCUCGCCAGCGCAUGUACCGCUGGCUGUUACACCGGAGCCACUCCGUCAACCGACGCCGCAGCAGCAGGCGGCCAUGGCCACCAUACAGCUGCAGCAUCAGCAGCAACAGCAGCAGCAAGCGCAAAUACAUCAACUGCAGCAGCAGCUGCAACAGACACAGACGCAGGUGCAGCAGGCGCAACAGCAGCAGCAGCAGCAACAUCAACAGAUUGUGGAGCCCAAGAAGAAGCCGCGGCCCCGCAAAAAGAAGCCACCAGCGGCAACAGCAACGACACAGCAAAAGAUCGCCAUAUCUGCCACUCCUACUUCCACAACGACGCUUACACGAACGCCCACGCCGCAGGCGCAGACUCAAACGCAAACGCAGGCGGCACAGUUGAAGUCACCAUCACCGCCGCCCACACACAUACAACGCGCCAGCAAUGGCAAACUAGAUCUCGGGGAUGUGAUGAAGUUCUGCGGCAUUACGGAGGACGACGACGACGACGAAGACUAUGGCAUGGAUGCAGUCACAAGCUCUGCACCAGCUGCUGUCAAUAACAGCAGCAGCAGCAGCAGCAACGGCAGCGGCAGCAACAACAACCAUCAUGUUGAGGAAUCACUGUCAGCACCACCACCGCCACCACCACCGGCGCCCUUAAGCAACGGAGUAGCAGCUGCUGCAGUCAAUGCGGCAACGGGGCCCAGUUCCAAUGAUAUUAUGAUCUCCAUACCGAGCCAAAACGGCAGCGAUGGGCUGCCCUUCACGCUGACCAUACCGGCACCAGCGCCGGUCAACGAAGCCACCGAAAUACCAAAUAUCCUCAUUAAGAUUGAUCCAAGCGAUGCUGCAGCGGCGUCGUCCGCUGCCGCUGGAGCAACUGUACCACCGUAUACGCUAUCAACGCCCCGCCUGCCCACCGCCGAGGAGAUUCAACGGCAGGCGCAGCAACAUCUCGCCCAGCAGGCAGCCGCUGCAGCAGCCGCCGCUGCGGCUGGUGCCAAAAUCUGCACCAGCAUACAGACCACAACACCGGCGCCAACAAUAAGCUUCAGUCUAGGCACACAGGCCCAAACCAUUGGCAGUGUCACGCUGCAGCCGACCUCCGUUGCGGCAAGUAUAACAUUGACCACGCCUACGCCCACGGCAACUGCAACGGCAACAGCGACAGCGACAGCCACUGCGCCUGGCGCGGUAACAGCAGCAACAACGGCAGCCGUUAAGCCGCGUCGCAAACCCGCCGUGCGGCGCAACACCAAAAAGCAGGAGAUGCUGAACAGCAAUGCCAGCAACAUUAGCAGCGCCAGCGUCAGCGGCAGCAGCAGCAGCAACAAUAUGAACAAUAGCAUCAUUGGCAGCCAUAGCACCACCACCACCACCAUCAGCAGUGGGAGCAGCAGCAGCAGCAGCAGCGCCGUCAACACUGUCAACACCAUCACAUUGACAACGCCUGUGAGUAGCAGCAGCACUUGCAGCUCCAGUAUAUUGCUGCCGCACGGACUUGGACUGUCAGGCAGUAGCAACAGCACCGGCAAUGGCAGCAACAGUACGCCCACAACCGUGCCCAGUCAGAUUGGCAACAUUCAGAUAUCGCAGGUGCAGAAUCAUCAUCAGUCAGCGAUGCCCGUCGGCAGCGCCGUAGAGAACAAGAUUCAAAUAAUGCCGAUACUGCCGCCUGGAGCCACCGUUAUGGGCGGUGCUGUGCCAGCUGCAGCAACAGCAGCAACGGCAACAACAGUUGCUGCACAGCAAGCGCAACUUGUCUUUCAGUCAACGCCAGCAACAGCAGCAUCUGCGUCGGAAACUGCCACAAUAAAGCUGUCCAGCGAUGGCCGCCAGAUGCAAUUGGUGGCCAUACCACAGGCCACGCCGCCGCCCGCAGCUGCACCAUUGCAAGCUGUCACAACGGCAGGUGGUGCCACUAUAUUGCCACCACAGCUCACGGGCAUGCCGGGUAAUGUGUCCAUUUCUGUGGGUUCUCCUGCAUCCGCAGCGGCGCUAGUGCCGCAACUGACGGGCAGCCUAACGCUGGCCGUGUCGGAGCACUGCGAGCGGUUGAUUUUGCGUCAUGAUCCUAACACGCCGCAGGAUCACCAAUCGCAACUUAUACUGCAAGCAUUGCUCAAGGGCGCCCUGCCCAAUGUUACCAUCAUCAAUGAGCCAACACGCAUGGACAGCAACAAGCCACCAGCGCCAACGCCCCCGCCUCAACAACAGCAGCAACAACAGCAGCAACAACAACAGCAACAACAACAGCAGCAACAACAGCAACCCAAAGCACCAGCAGCGCCUAAGACCGAAUUGAAAGUUACUAACAACAGAAAGCUGUCCACACCCGCCGCGCCCGCCAGCAAUCUGCUGAGUAACAGCAGCAGCGUUACCACCAACACAACUAAUUCAAUUAAACCACCGACCAUGCCCGCUAAGACUAACGAAACUUUAAACUUUCCACAAUUGCCGUCAACGCCGCAAUUGCUCGUACAGCAACAGCCGCAGCAGCAACAGCAGCAACAGCAACAGCAACAGCAACAGCAACAGCAACAACAACAACAAUCACAUCAACCACAACAGGCUCAGCAGCAGCCGCAACCGCAGGUUAACAACGCGCAACGUUAUGUGGCUCUACCACCCAUCGAUCCCAGUACACAGCAGUUGUUCUGCCUGAAUAGCGUGUCCAAUCAGAUCACGGCUAUUAGCGCAGGCCAAACGGCGGCAUCAAUUGGGCCCACGGAGCGGCUGCUAAUAGCGCCCGCUGGCAUCAAUGCCCAACAGCUGGCGCAAUGCCUUCAGCUGGGUCAAUUACACUUUAACGAUGUGAAUCCUUUGCCGCCUACACAGCUACAGCAACAGCAGGCUACAACGACGACAGCAACAUUGCCCAUUCCAUUGCGUCCUCAGCCACCGCAGCAGCAGAUCGUGCAUCCUAUACAGCCCAUCAGCAAUGGGCAUGGUCUUAGCCUGGGUCUGCCCAUCAGCACGACAACAACAACGACAUUAACCGCCAGCGGCAAUACGACAAUGAAUACCACAACGGUGACCAAACAGGUGGCCAAUGUAGCGCCCAUCAUAGACCAGAGUAAAGCCAAACUAGAGCCUGCAAAGGCGACGGGCACGAGCAGCACGGCAACAACUGCGACCAGCACAGGCGCCGUGGCCAAAAAGAAGCCUGUGCGUAAGCCCAAGACCACACCGACGGCAGCCGAGCUGGCCAGUCUGAAGAAUGCCAGCGUUGUCAAGCCCAUGCCGAAGCUUGAUCCGCUCUCGCAGAAGCCAAACAACAAUCCAGUGCAAAUAGUGCAGCCCAAUGUGGCCAGCGGCAAGCAGAUGAUUGUUGUUGUCAGCUCCAGCGGCGGACAGACAACUACCACAACAACAACAACCAUAAUGAGCAAUAGCAUACAACCAUUCCAGACAACAAGCGGCACCAAGUUGGUGGGCGUCACGGCGCCCAUGCAGCAACAGCAACAGCAGCAACUGCAGCAGCAACCUACAGGGACAGCAGCAACUGUGCAGCAGCAGCAGCAACAGCAACAACAACGCGGCAGCUUCAGCUUAACAGCAACAACUUCAACGCCUAGCUCUGUGGUCAGCAGCAGCAGCAGUAGCAUCAGCAGCAGUGGAGUAGCAAUAGCAGCGCCAGUUGUGACGCAGUUGCAAUUGCCGGCGCAGAUGCAGCAACAGGCUAAACAACAAACGCAACAGCAACCGCAACCCGCACCACAACAGCAGCCACAACAAAACACAAUUUCGCGCGUGCAAACAAUUCAAUUGACACCACAAAUGCAGCAGGUGUUCCGCACGGUGCAAAUGCAGAUACAGUUCCUUACCAUAAAGCUGCAGAACAAGUCGUUUGUGCCCACAUUGCCAAUUUCGCCAGAUGUGGAUCCCGCAGCAAUUUCCAUGUACAACAAACCUAUGUCGGAUGCAGAGAUCAAUUUGGCGCUGCAGCGUUUGUUUGCGGAACAGCAUCGCAUCUUGGCUUCGGGCAAAGAGGUGCCAACGCCGGAGGGUAUGAUUCCAACGCCCAAUGCAAAUGGCAGCUUUAGCUUGAUGCCGCAGCAAUUCCAGCAAGUGCAGCAGCUACAACAACAGCAGCAGCAACAGCAGCAGCAGGCGCAACAAUCUACAGAAACACUGAAACCAACAACGGGGGGUGUUAUAUUAGCAAAUGUGGUGCAACCGAACAAUCAUUCCACCACCAGCACAGCUACACCUGCAGCAGCUAUCAAUGUGCAGCAACAGCAGCAGCAACAACAGCAGCAUCAUCAACAGCAGCAGCAGCAACAGCAGCAGCAGCAGCAACAACAACAGCAGCAACAACAACAGCAGCAACAACAACAACAACAACAACAACUGAAUGUAGCUCAGCGCAUACACAUUUAUCCCAUGCAACAUCAACAGCAGCAGCAGUUGGCUAACAAACAAAAGCUAGCCCAGCAGAAACAGCAACAACCACAACAACAACCAGCGUCAAUUUGCAACCUGCAACAGCAACAAACGCCGCAAGCAAAACCAAAGGAGCAGCCAUGUCGCAACAAAUCCAAUGCGUCUAAUCAACAGCAGCAGCAACAACAGCAAACGAAUAUAACAGUCAACAUGCUGCAACAGAAAACGAGCAUAAUGUCUGUGCCACUGCAGCAGCAACAGCCACAACAGCCCGCCACCUGCUUAAAAAACGGACCCCCACCGCUCAUCUUUGCAAGCUCCACUAAUCUGUUAUCCAACAGCAACAGCAGCAGUAACACUAGCAGCAAUAUCAGCAAUAGCAGCAGCAACAGCAGCAAUAAUAGCAGCAAUAUGCAAAGCGGCAUGUUAGCCAUGCCACCAUUGCAACCGCAACAGCUGCAACCCCCACAACAACAUCAGCUACAGCAGCAGCAACAAAUACCGCCGUUAUCGCAAGCACCGCCAGCGGCAGCGACAGCGACAGCGUUGGGCAAUUUAAUUGCCCCAACGCUACCAACACUGCCCGUAUUUUUGCCGACUCUGCCCGUGCCCAAGCCGGAGGAGUUGCUCCCCACACCAAAACCAAAAAUUGCGCGCCUCUCCUUGUUUGUGCGCCAAUUGGAGGUGGAUCAGGAGAGCUGUCUGAAGCCGGACUAUGUGAAGCCGUUUCGCACCAAGGACGAGGCGGUUAAGAGGCUAAUCAGAUAUCAUUGCAUGCAUGAGAACGAUGUGGAGCUGUACUCCGAUGAGGAUGAGGAAUUCGAGGCAACUGCUCUGGGCUUUCGCGAUAAGUUCCGGCAGCUAAAUGGAAAAUUCCAGGAAAUUCUAUUGCAGGAGUCGACGUUGCCGCAUCGCACUUCGGAGCUGUUGCAAGUGCAGCAGCUGAUGAUAGACGAUCUGAAGGGUGAGAUCAGUGAUAUACGCAACGCGGAGAAGGAGCUGUUGGAGAAGGAACAGCAGCACCUCAAAGAGGAGCUGAGAUCUGAUGCAAAACCCGAGUAUGAACCGAAAAUGGACACCAAAGUUAAAGAUGAAAUCAAAUCGGAGCCAUUGGAAAGAGUGUCCGAAUCAGUAGCACAGACAACAACAGCAGCUGCAGUUGUGGACAAGUUUGAUCUGCUUAAGAAUAGUGCUGAUGUGAACAAGGCAUACAACAAGCCCCAGCAGCAGCAACAAACACAGCAGCAACAUGUUAAGCGGGAGGAGAAUGGUGAAUGGCAGGGCCAGCCGGAGGCCAGCAGCAAUAACAAUGGCUCUGCGAGUGACUCUGUUAAGAAGGAGCAGCUCAACAGCUCCAAGGACAACCCUGGGUAUAUCAAAAAGGACUACGACAACUUUGAUAUUGAAUCGGAGCUGACGCCAAGUUUUAUUAUGAAGAAAGUGGAGCAAAAAAUGCAGGCAGCUGGUGUAAAGAAUGCUGAGAACUGUUACGCCGACAAUGUAUUGCAAGAGGAGCAACAACAACAACAACAACAGGAGCAACAACAUUCACAUCCACAGCAGCAGCAGCAGCAGCAGCUACAACAACAUGCUAAAAGUAAUAACAUCGGCCAUGAAGAUCAUGAGGAUGGCUGGUAUUGUCUUCAAAAAGAGCUAAAUCUGAUGAGCAAUGAGGCAUUGCAGUCACAACAGCAACAAAAUGCGCCACUGCAACAUGCUCCGCAUCAGCAACACUUGUCACAGCAACAUCUGUAUGAUAACAACGCCGGCAGCCUGUUGAGCAAUGGCAAUCAUCUGUCCGAUCUCUUUCCCAAUGGCUGCAUUGACAAGAGCAAUCAGAGCAACAGCAAUAGCUGCAGCAACAGUAGUAGCAGCAGUUGUGGCGGCGAUGUUGGCGGUAACAGCAGUCACGCCGGCAACAACAACGUGCCCAUAGGCAGCUCCUCAUGCAGCCAGCAGCGUCAACAACCGUUGGCUAUGCAAGCAGAACAACCGAAUCAUCAUCCGGCCAUCAGUGAGUUCUUUAGCAGCGAUUCGGAUGUGCAAAAGUCGGUGGAGACGCGCCUGGAGGCUAUGUUCGGUGAGUCGCCGGUAGAUUUGGAUGUGAAGAAUAGCAGCGACGCGCACGACAUUGAAUCAAAUCUGGAUGAGAUAUUUGGCGAUGCAAAAUCGCCAACAGUGAACCACAAGAACAAGCUGAAUAUUUGGGCGGCAGAUGCUGGAUUCAGCGCCGGUUACAGCAGCGAACAGCAGCAACAGACGUACGCACACCAACAACAACCACAUCAGCAAUCACAGCAGCAACAGCACCACAUUGAGCUCAACUGCAACAAUAACCCGCGUUGGAUGCAAAGCAUGGAGGCCCACUACAGCGACUAUAUGUCCAGUAACACCAGCACAGUUGAUGGCGCACAGGCGCACAACAUGCUGGUCAAUGGGGAGACACGCAAGCGCCAUUGGAAUGGCCAGUUGAUGGGCUCGAGUAGCGACUUGGAGGAUGAGAACAGCAGCAAGCGCUUGUGCACGGCUUCGUCAACUUCCUCGUCGCCCAUGUCCUCGCAGCAGCAUGUGCAGGUGCCGCAACAUACCAUGCUAGAUGCUGACAUGUUAGCGCUGCACGAUGGCAUGGGCGUGGAUGGCGUGACCACUAACGGGCCCGCUGCCUUUUCACAAUUGCUAAUGGAGGAGCAACAUCAGCAGCAGCAACAACAGCAGCAGCAGCAGCAGCAACAUAGCUUUGCCAAUCAUCAGGCUUUCGCGAACUUGUUGGAUCCACAGCAGCAACAGCAACAACAACAGCAGCAGCAGCAGCAACAACAGCAGCAUCAACAUUACCAGCACAGCAUGCAACAACAGCUCCAGCAGCCACAGCAGACGCAGCUGCAUGUGAAUCACAUGGGCGCCAAUUCAGUGGUGACUGGCGAGUACGACGACGAUAUUAGUCGGCAUGUGGCCAGUGCCAUAGACAGCAUACUCAACCUGCAGAACAGCGGUGAUUCGUUACAGUUCUCAUUGGGCUCUUUUCUGGGCGACAGUAUACUGGACGAUCAGCGGCAAGCGGCCAAUUUGCCCAGCUGCCAGCAGGAGGUGAACAAUAGGCGCCGUCAGCUGGGGGAGGAUAUGGGCGAUUGUCUUAUCAGUGGUGGUGCCGGACCAGCUGUUAGUGCCGUUGCUGAUGCCAGCGGCAACCUUUUGCUCGAUCAUCAUCACCAUCAUCAUCAUCAACAACAGCAGCAGCAGCAGCAGCAGCAGCAACAACAACAACAGCAGCAACAGCAGCAGCUACUGCAGGGUCAUCUGGGUCAGCAACAGCCACAUCUGCAGCAUCAUGCGCAACUCCAUCAUGGCUUGUCACAGGCACAGCCUCAGCACCAUGCGCAGCUAAAUGACUUUAGCUGUGUGGCCGCUGGCCUAGAUGAUGCCGUCAAGUCGAUUAUGACCUCUUGACUUGGGCUGCAUACAUCCACAACAACAGUAAAUGGAGCGGCACAAAACAUAGCUGCCGAGCUGCCGCCGGCGGCAACGGCAACAGUAGCCAACAGUCUUAUACUGGAAUUCAACGCGACCACCUUGUAAAGGACUGCCCAAGGCAAUAACACAUUGAUUGUAUAUUAAGACCCCCCUGCCCUCCCUACACCCCUUCCCUUUUGCAUGUUAUAUGUUCUCUUUAGUUGUUGUCCACUGUGCUGAAUGCAUUUGGCAACAGUUAACACAUUUUAGCAUCCUGCUCUGUACAAUUUUUAUUUUCAUUUUAGAUCUAAGUUGAAUGUGUAGUAUAAAUUGUAUUAAUUCUUGUUUUCGUUUUUAGUCCAAUGUGUUUGUACAAUAUUUAAAAACUAAAAGAUAAUGACAAAACAGCCUGGUAAUUAUUUGUAUAAAUUUAUAGUCACACAAUCGAAUGCAUUAUUAUGGGACAGCAGGUCCUUAAAAGUCAAUAGUGAAAAGCAAUUAACGCAGAGAAUUGAAAACAAAACGACGAAUAGCAUGAAAUGCUUCUUAGAGAAGUAAACUGAAUGAAUUCUAAUGUAAUACAAAUUAUAUAGCUACAAUAAAUAAGUGAAAAAUGCCUAGAAAAUUUAUUAAAAUUAUAUCUUAACAAUGAACAAGUGAAAAGGAACAUAAACCAA